AUGAAGUCAGGUGGUGGAGUCCUGCUGGUGUCGACCCUUCAGCUCAUCGUCGGGCUGAUAAUCCUGUUCAUCUACGAGGGCUACAAGGGACGCUACCUCAGCCACUCGGGCGAGUCGCCUCCUCCGGAACAGGUGCCCAACGGAGCGAACGAGACGAUUAUCUACGAAGGGGGUGGCGGCCUCAUGGCGACGACACCGAUGGAUGGGAUAUUCGUGUACAGCAUCGUGAUAAACGUAUUCGCUCUGUGCGGUCUCGCGGGGAUGAUGUCGCAGAACAAGCACCUCGUGCUGGGGUUCUUCGCGUACAACGCGGUCAACUUGGUCGUGUCGUUCUCCAUCUUCGUGGAUGUUUGCACCACGAUUGGCGUGAGGAACAAGGCGACGGCGGACUCGGUGCCUUACGCCAGGGGGGUCGCGGCGUUCCUGUUCUUCAACUUCUAUCGGGGGAGGGGUACUCGGUGA